AUGGCCGGAGACAGCGAGACGCAUCUAAGGGACCGUAGCGAGAACACCGACAUUAUUCGGCAACCUUUCCUCAUCGGUGUCUCCGGAGGCACCGCCAGCGGCAAGUCGUCGGUAUGUGAGAAGAUCAUGGAGCUGCUGGGGCAGAACAAGAUCGACCACCACCAGCGGCAGGUGGCGAUCCUCAGCCAGGAUAGUUUCUACAAGGUGCUGACUCCAGAGCAGAAAGCCAAGGCACUAAAGGGCCAGUUCAACUUUGAUCAUCCAGAUGCCUUCGACAGCGAGCUGAUCAUGCAAACGCUCAGGGAAAUCCUGCAGGGGAAGACUGUCCAGAUCCCAGUUUACGACUUUGUCACUCAUUCCAGGAAAGACGAGUUUGUUACGGUGUAUCCGGCUGAUGUGGUCCUGUUUGAGGGAAUCCUCAUGUUCUACUCACAGGAAAUCAGAGAUCUGUUCCAGAUGAAGCUGUUUGUUGACACAGAUCCAGACACGCGGCUGUCACGUCGAGUCCUAAGAGACAUCAGUGAGCGUGGCAGAGAGCUGGAGCAGGUGUUGGCUCAGUACAUCACGUUUGUGAAACCGGCCUUUGAAGAGUUCUGUUUACCGACAAAGAAGUAUGCAGAUGUGAUUAUUCCACGAGGAGCAGAUAACCUUGUGGCCAUCAACUUGAUAGUACAGCACAUCCAAGACAUUCUCAACGGCGGACUAAACAAGCGUCACAACGGCUGCAUCAACGGUCACAGCACCCCGCGGCAGCGACGGACCUCUGAGUCAAGCAGCCGGCCUCAUUGACCUCGUCACACCUCUCUUCACAGAGCGGAGAGGGGUGUGGGGGUCCAGCUGUAAAUAAUGCCCGUCGGCAUCACUGUAUUUAAGAAGGAGGGAAAAAGAAAAAAAAAAAAGGAGAUGCAAAAAGAAUUGAAAUGCCUUUUAUUAUUACGACAACUCUUGUUAUUAGUUACUUUCAUUGUAAUUGUUAAACUUGGGAUUUGGAUUUGUCAGGAGGAUGAAGAGAAGCUCUUGUUAAUCGUGUGAUGAGACCAUGGGUUAAAUUUGAUCCCACGCAUUUUUGUCCCUGAUUGCAUUUUGUUUUCUUUUUCUUUUUUUUUUUUUAUGUAUCCCCUGCUGCUCCAUGAAAAUUCAUGUUGAUAAUGAAUAAAGGAGGGGAAACCUUUUUAUUUAUUAUGUCUGAUAAAACUUGAACCCCUAAUGGCCGGGGGGGAGACGGAUUAGUGUUCGGGACGGUUCCAAACGAGAAGUCUGUAAAUUAGACAACAAACCAGGAUUGCACUCUGUAUUGACAAUCUUGGGAGUGUUUCCUUCCAAUGUUUUUUUUUUUUUCAGUGUUUAAGUUCCCUUAUCGUGUUGUUCAGUGUAAUGUGUUACACUAUAAGUCUUGUUUACUACACAAAGUGUCCACCACAUUGUUGAAACACAUGAUUUUUUUUCAGUAUCUACUGUCACGUGCAGAUUAACGUGACUACCAAAUGAAUGAAGCCAAAUGCUGGAAGGUUCAGCUGACUGCUGUGUUAACCCAGACUAAUGGAAUUGUUCAAAUAUUUUAGAUUGCUUGUCCCUUAGUUCAUUGAAAUGUAAUGAUUAAAACUCUUACGCAGGCAUUCCUGUCUUUAAAAGUGUUUAGAGCAAAGUGUUCAACUUUGUAAAUACGACUUUCUCUGCCCUAGUUUAGAUGCGUAACCAAAUCGGCUCCGUUGAUUUCAAGAGAACAUAUAUAUAAAUAUACUCUCAGGUUCAUGAAACCGAUCGGUUUGAAAUUCCAGGAAAAGUGAAUAAAUGGAAGUGUCGAACGCCACAGCAAUAUCCCAGGUGUGUGGCCAUUAACCGCCGAGACCCACCGCAAUGCCUCUGUAAAGCUGCCUCAGGUUCACGUGUACAGUAAGUAUCCACGCUAGAAUCCGGACUCCACUCGAAUGAGGUUACAAUAAAAAAAAAAAGCUGUUGACUCUUGUUUGUACGCCACGUGCUCUUUGUUUUUGUUGUGUAUAGUGCAAUCGGAUGAAUGAUUUGUACCUUGAGAUUUGUACUGUAUGGCUGUUGGGUUGGGCUGCAGGGUGAUUUAUAACUGAAUGAAGUCGUCAGUUGCUUAAUGGUCAAUAAACUGAUGCAGCUGA